CCUCACACACUUAAAACCUAGUCGAGGUGGCUGGCUAGCCACAUUAUAAAGCCAGAUCAUAGCUCAAAACAUGUUAGCUCGCGAGUUGGUUUCAACAAAUCACCGAUUGAAGCUAGCUCGCGAGCCUUCCACGUCGAACAAUGCGUAGCUUAAUUUGUGCUCGUCCUGGCUAUCCAACGGCUGAGGUUGCACGACUCUCGCAUAAGACGGCCAUGCGUCCUUCUGGGCAGAGGCUGGAGCUAUGGGGCAAGAUGGUGAAUCCGGCCGUGUCAAGUAGAACGGAAAUGCGAAAAAAGUGAACGCACCAUGCCUACUUUUCUCUAUCCAAAACGAUGUUCUUUUUCCCUCCCUUCUCUUUGUGCGUCGUCACCACUUGCUUGAAUCCUUCUGCUUUGCGGUUCGCACUUGAACCACAUAAAACCUCACCUUACCAGAAACAAGAAUAUCUGCUCUGUAUUACUGCAGCUGGCCAAAACGCCAAAGGCCUCUCGCUCUCAUUCUCACCACCACCACAAAACGCCGACGGUGAAAUCGUUGACAAUCAAAACCUUCCCCCCCUUCUUUCAGUAAUUAAAUAGUGAGUGAAUUGACACCCAGCAAAUCUUUACCCUUAUUAGGUUUGGCUCUUUUCCCUACUUCUUGCAUCAUCCCAUUGGAGUGCUUCUCUCUGAUAGCGACCCAGGGAAACCGUUGUUUUCUUGCUCUGUGCUUAGCUGAGCACAUAUGGCAUUCAAUGUUACAGCAGGAUGAGAACAACUGUAACGACAAAACCGAGGAAUGUUGGUUUUAUUGGGCCGUCAACAGAUUCCAAUUUCCAGACGCUUCACCAUUACCCAACCCAAAACAAAAAAAAAAAAAAAAAAAAAACAAAACAAAACAAAAAAGAAAUAUUAAGGAAACCAUUUCUAAACAAGGACAGGAUUUCCUUGGCACUCAUAAAGAGGCUAAAACCCAAGAAACUGUUAUUCAGAUUAAGCAUUUUGCACACUGUUGGAUUGGGGUGUUUCACUGAGAUUCAUUCCCUUCUUUCCUUUGCCUCUCCAAACUCUGCCCUAUUGCCAAACCAUGGAGACAUGAGACUCCUUGAGUGCCUAUAAAACCCAGAAUAGCUCCAUCGAUUAAUGGCCUUGCUUUCUUCUUCAUAUUGGCAGGGAGAAGCAGCAGAAGAGUACCCAACAAAGGCAACUACUCCUUCCUCCUCCAGCUUUCCACGCAUUAUCCACAACUUCCUCCCUUCCCAUAUGCAUGUGAACGACAUCAUUUUCAGGCAAAUUUUGGGCCAAAGAUACCUUCUCCUUUACUAGAACUAAAGCUUCCUCUCUCUCCAGCUCUUUUAUACCCCCCUUUCUGCUCACAGAUAGGGUAUAGCUCUCCCCAGAAACUCAACAAACAGCUGACUUGGUUGCAUAAUCAAGUUAUGCGCCAAAAACUGAAUGAACCCGCCAUAAACAGCAGCAAGAGCAAGAUAUUCCAGCAGCCAAUGAUCCCGGGUUCGAAGCUGGUGUGGGUUCCUGGCCCUGUGAUCAUUGGUGCAGGACCUUCAGGGCUUGCAGCGGCCGCUUGCCUUAAGACCAAAGAAAUCCCAUUUCUGAUACUUGAGAAAGGAAGCUGCUUGGCGUCUCUGUGGCAGUUUGGGACUUACGACCGUUUGCAACUCCACCUUCCGAAGAAGUUCUGUGAGCUGCCUUACUUCCCAUUCCCACCUCACUUCCCUGCAUACCCAACAAAGCAACAGUUCAUAGCUUACCUGGAGGCCUAUGCCAAGCACUUUGCUAUCAAGCCCGUGUUUCGUCAGGAGGCUCGAGCAGUUCAGUAUGAUCCGGACAUGGGGUUCUGGCAGGUUCAAGCGUGUGGGUAUGAGUUCAUAUGCCGGUGGGUGAUUGUUGCCACUGGUGAGAAUGCUGACCCUUUCCUGCCUGAAAUUGAAGGGCUGGGAGGUUUCAGAGGGAGGACUCUGCAUACUAGCAGCUACAGAGAUGGAGGUGAAUUCAAAGGGAAGAAAGUUCUCGUAGUUGGUUGUGGGAAUUCUGGAAUGGAGGUUAGCUUGGAUUUGUUUGAUAAUGGUGCUGAUGUUUCCCUCUUUGUCAGAGAUAAGCUGCAUAUAUUGCCUAGAGAGAUUCUAGGGAUCUCAACUUUUGCACUAUCAAUGUUGCUGCUCAAGUGGUUCCCAGUGAAACUAGUCGACAAGUUCCUCAUCUUUGUCUCAAGGUUGAUUCUUGGUGACACAAGUAGAUCUGGGAUCAAAAGGCCUGAUAUUGGGCCCUUGGAGUUGAAGAACUCCACUGGGAAGACCCCUGUUUUGGAUUUUGGAGCUUUUGCCAGAAUCAAGUCUGGCCAAAUCAAGAUUGUUCGUGGGAUUCGAAGAUUCACGACGAAUGGGGUGGAGUUUGUGGAUGGCAGAGUGAAGGAAUUCGAUGCAGCGAUUCUAGCAACAGGCUACAGAAGCAACGUAACUUCAUGGCUCAAGGAGGAGAACUUCUUCAACGAAAAGGAUGGGUACCCGAGAACCCCAUUCCCAAACAGCUGGAAAGGAAACAAUGGACUCUACUGCAUUGGGUUCACCAAGAGAGGAUUGCUUGGAACUUCCAUGGAUGCACAAAAAGUUGCAGAAGACAUUGCAAGACAAUGGAACUCCGAGACAAGGCAUUUGAAGGUCGAGUCAUAGUUCGCUAGCUGCAGUUGACCCAUAGCUUUGUAUUCUGCACAACCCUUCUGACCCUUUUUUUCCUUUCUUCUUAACCUGUAACUAAUCAAGUCCUUUAACCUUUGCACAAAACUAACUAGCUAACCAGAGACUGAAGAAGGGAGACCAGUUUUACUUAUCAGAAGAUGAGACCAAUUCAGAAGUAGAAGCAGGGGAGAAUAUUGCUACUGUUGUCAGCCUGAAAAACGUUAUAGGGUCUCUAUCCAUUUGAUGUAGAAUUGCAGGCGGUGGUGUGGAAGUACAAUUUCUCUUUGUCUAUGAAAGCAAAGUAUAUAGAAUGUUACAGAUAAACUUAUGACGCAGAAUGAAAUCGUUUAAAUUGU